CCCCCUCCCCCACGCUUAGCCUUUGGGAGCGCGCAGAACGGCAAGAUGUAGCGGGAGUAACUGCAGAUUCCAGUUCUCUUUCAUGCCUUCCUCCACGUUUGGCUGAGCGGGGAAAAAAUGCCUGGCGUGUUGCCGAGUGACAGUCCCGGACUUUCAAGAGAGACGCCAGGAGCAAAAAGCAGGCUGUCAUUGAAGUUUUUCCAGAAAAGGGAAACCAAACGAGCACUAGAUUUUGUAGAAUCAGCGGAAAAUGAACAAAAGGCUUCGGCGUAUGAGUCUUCUGAAAUUGAUCAAAUAGUUCCUGCAGCACAACCUCUUUCACCUGCCUGUUGUGAUAAAAAAGACAACAUGCUGCCUUUUGUGGGCUUGAACAAUCUUGGAAACACUUGUUAUCUUAACAGCAUACUUCAGGUGCUCUAUUUUUGUCCUGGCUUUAAAACAGGAGUGAAACAAUUGUUUAAUAUAAUUUCAAAAAGGAAGGAAAGUUUAAAGGAUGAAAUAGAUAAGGAAACUACUAAAGAACAUUCUUUUGGAAGUUAUGAAUUGGUAUGCAGCUUACACACUUUGAUUGUUUCAGUUGAACAGCUUCAGGCAAGCUUUCUUUUAAAUCCAGAUAAAUAUACAGAUGAACUUGCUACUCAACCAAGAAGACUGCUAAAUACACUUAGAGAGCUAAAUCCCAUGUAUGAAGGAUAUUUGCAGCAUGAUGCUCAAGAAGUAUUACAGUGUAUAUUAGGACAUAUUCAAGGAACUUGUCAGCUCUUAAAGGAGGAACUACGACGGAAAUCACUGGAGGAGCCUGCAAUUCAACUGAAAAAAAAGUCUAAUUUGGAUGCCAAUGGCACUAGCUUUGGGGAAGAUGAUAUUGUGCUCAAGGGCCAAACUAUAAAGAAUUAUGAAACCAAAACAAAAGAAAAUGCAAAGAGGAAAAAUGUUAUGGAAGGUGGUAAUGAAAAGAAAAAAUCAAAAGUCUUCAAAGAGAAAAACGGAGUAGAAGAAAAUUUGAGACAGACUCGGUCGAAAAGAAAAGCUUUGGAAGAAAAAGUAGAAAAUCAAACUGAAGAUAUCAUUAAACAGUCUGUUGAAAAUGAAAAUACAAAACCAGUACAUAAAAAAUCAAGACUUAGAUUAAAUUUGUUAAAAUCUUCAAAUGACCAGCCUAGCAUUUUAUCUAAAUUUUGUAGUCUGGGAAAACUGAAAACAAAUUUGGUGUCCAAAGAUCAAGUUAAAGACAUUAACAACUGUGAACUUACAGACACAAGGGAGUUCAUACUUUUGCUAUCGUUUAGUUUGUCUCUUACAACACUAAGAAAAAAUAUUUCACUUAAUCUGUUUUGGGGUGUGGUUUUUUUUGGUACAGAAUUUGCUAUCUUCAAUUUAGUGGAGAGACUCUUCCAAGGUCAAUUGGUCUUACGAACCCGAUGUUUAGAGUGUGAGUGCUUUACUGAGAGAAGAGAAGAUUUUCAAGAUAUCAGUGUACCCGUUCAAAAAGAUGAGCUCUUAAAAGUAGAGGAGAAUUCUGAAAUUUCCCCAGAGCCCAAAACGGAUGUAAAGACUUUGAAAUGGGCAAUUUCACAGUUUGCUUCCAUAGAGAGGAUUGUGGGAGAAGAUAAAUACUUUUGUGAAAAUUGUCUCCAUUACACAGAAGCGGAACGCAGUCUUUUGUUUGAUAAAAUGCCUGAAGUUGUAACAAUCCACCUGAAGUGCUUUGCUGCAAGUGGCUUAGAAUCUGCGUGGCUGCAAGACUGCUCUUUAGUACUGUUCGUAUCUGAUGAAAAACACAAAUCCAUAACGCAAUGCCAUUCUUUUGUAAAGUCGUCGCGCCACUACACAGCCUCAGUGAAACUCACAGAUCUUGACAGCUUGCAAAUAGAUAGUGAUAAUUUCAGCAGUGAUGCCCUUUGUAAAUUUUGCCCAGAGCCACUAAAUGAACAAGAAGCCAAAGCUGUCACUGAGGACUAUGAUGAUGGUGAGGUCUCUUUUACAGUUGGAGAAAGCACUCAACCUAGCAAAGGACUGAACAAAAAGAACAUGGAAGCUGUGGGUCUUUUGGGCGGGCAGAAAAGCAAGUCCAGCUGUGAUUUGCCAAAUAACAAAGUAGCCCAUUCUGAGAAAAUUGCUCAUGUGAUGGGUGAAGCAAGAAAUGCUGAAUGGAACUGCCCUAAAGCAAUCAUGACGUUUGAAGAGUGUGAACAAACUGGCACUACGUCCACUGGACUAGAAAAUGAAGCAGCGCAUGUAAUGAAUUCCCUAAAACAGUAUGAAGGCAAGUGGCUACUUUUUGACGAUUCAGAGGUUAAACUUAUAGAGGAAAGAGAUUUUCUUAACUUGUUGUCUCCAGUUUCAUCAUCUACAUCUACUCCUUAUCUGCUAUUUUAUAAGAAAAUUGUAGACUGAGAUUGUAUUUUGAUAUGCAAAGGGUAGCUUUUGAAAAACAUUCAGUGACAAUUUUGUAGAUACAUGUUAAAAUUAUUUUCAUUCCAUAAAAAGGGGCAGAUGUGUUGUUUUUUUUAAGGCAAUAAUUCAAUUUGUAGAUGUUAUACAAAUUGCUUUAGAAUACAAGUCUGUAUAUAUUCUGUUGAAUAAAUAAUGUCUUAAGAGCAAGCACCAUAUAUAGCAGUGAUUCCAGCUUCAUCGCACUACUUGUACAGUAAAUAUAUUAUUUUUAAAAAAUAAAGUUGCAUGCAUUCACAAUCUUGCAAAAAUUUGUAGCUGAUGAUAAAAGAAACAUGAUUU